AUUGCAAUGCUUUGCCCAACCCAAUGCACAUACGCCCUGCUCUCACGGCGUGGCCGUCCUCAUUCGAUACCGGGUCUAUCUGUCUGCGAUGCGUCAGGACGAUAGCGCGGGUGCAGCCCGCGCGGCGGACCUUCUCAUGCGCAACUAGGACCCGACAGAUUGCGGCCGCCAGAGACGAUGAGGUGGAUAAACGAUUCUUCUGGGCGAAUACCUUCCACAAUAGCAGCAGCAGGAGGAGGGGGAGAGAAUUGGGGAUACUGUCGCGAGUAGCGGCGAGGGAACCAUCAGGAGAUGUGCGGCAGACGGCACCAUCCUUGAUCGAAGAAGCGCCCCAUCGACGGCGGAAACGACUGAAAGCGGAGGCAGCAGCUGCAGAGGCGGCGGUAGAAGCACCUUUACCGCUCGAUGCCUCAUCACAGCUCUCCAGUGAUGCAGCAGCAGCACCAGCCAAGUCCUUCCGACGAGCCUUCUCGACCUACCUUUCCUUAUCCAAGCCACGACUGGCCUUUCUUGUAGUCCUAACGACGACCGCGUCGUAUUCCAUAUACCCCGUGCCAGCAUUGCUGAGCACCUCUGUCACUGAUGCGCCGUCACUGAGCACUUUGACUCUCCUGUUCCUCACGAGCGGGACGUUUUUGCAGAUAGCAUCUGCCAACACUCUGAACAUGCUGUUCGAACCUCAACACGAUGCGAAAAUGAGCCGCACGAGAAAUCGACCUCUGGUACGAGGUCUCAUCAGCAAGCGCAAGGCGCUAGUGUUCGCAGUUGCUACAGGUCUCAUAGGCACAGGCUUGCUAUGGUAUGGAGUGAAUCCCACCACGUCACUACUAGGCGCUGCCAACAUCGGGAUAUAUGCAGGAGCCUACACCGCGCUGAAGAGGAUACAUCCGGUCAAUACGUGGGUGGGGGCCAUCGUGGGAGCCAUUCCUCCGCUCAUGGGCUGGUGUGCAGCCGCAAGCCAAUACAGCACGACCGAUGCCAGUCAAGCAUCGGUGUGGGAUGAGGCCCAAGAGCUUCUCUUCACGCAACAAGCCAUUGGUGGGUGGUUGAUCGCAGGGAUCCUGUUCGCCUGGCAGUUCCCCCACUUCUUCGCAUUGGCACAUGCAGUUCGACAGGAAUAUGCUGGUGCGGGAUACAAGAUGCUCGUGUCGACGAACAUCCCCAUGGCUGCGAGAGUGUCCUUUAGGUACAGCUUGGCCAUGUUUCCAAUCUGUGCUGCUCUGAGCUACUAUCACGUCACUGAUCCGGCAUUUGUCGUGACUAGUUCCGUCAUUAAUGCGUGGAUGCUGAAGGAGGCUUGGAGGAUGUGGAGACUGAACGGCGAAAAGGGGUCUGCCCGGGCGCUGUUCUGGGCCAGUGUAUGGCAACUGCCCAUUGUAUUGGUCUUGGCCAUGGUGCAGAAGAAAGGGUUAGGGAGUCGACUAUGGAAAGCCACGUUUGGAGAGGAUGAGCUGGAUGACGAGUGGGAGGAAGCUUGAACCGCCGUCUUUCUCGACCGCAUCUGAUGCGUGUGCACCUUUUUUCUUGUCACGCGAUAGAUG